AUGGACUGGCUCCUAGAGAAAAUCUUCACCGUCCCCCAACCUCCACCCAGGGUCCGAACCAAACCAAUGCAAGUGAUCUGCGUCGGGCUCUCCAGAUCCGCAACAGAAAGCCUGAGAGUCGCCCUUGAACAGCUAGGAUUUACUCCCUAUCACGGCUGGGAUCUGGUGUACGAAAAAGACAUCGGCUACAUCCAAGGCUGGACGCAGCUGCAGCGUCGAAAAUGGGAGGGCCCACCUGACGGAGAUGUCAACAUCACCGCUGAGGAUUUCGACGUCCUUCUCGGCCAUGCUGAUGCAGUCGUCGAGACUCCGGCCUGGUUCUUCGCGUCGGAGAUGAUCCAGGCCUAUCCGGAUGCGAAGGUCGUUCUCAACCUUCGACGGGACCUCGACGCGUGGCAUCGGAGUGUGAUGAAAUCGCUCGUGGAAGAAGUCGAAGACCGGUGGUCGGCCCAGAUCCUGAAGCGGCUGACUGCGUCGUUCUUUUGGAAAUCCAAGUUCUUCUACCAGUAUGGCUUCCGGCUGGGCUUCCGGACUCCGUUUCCGGGGUGGCUGCGGCCAGGUCUUGCUUGCAAUGGCAAAUGGGUAUAUCGAGAACACUGUAAUAUGAUCCGAGGGCUCGUUCCCAAAGAUCGUUUGUUGGAGUGGAGUGUUGAGGAUGGGUGGGAGCCGCUAUGCGAGUUCCUGGGCAAGCCAUGUCCCGAUGGGCCUUUUCCGAAUUCGAAUUCCCUAGCUGAGUUCAAAGCGCGUCUGGAUGGUUUGGUGAAGGACCAGGCCAUUCUGGCGCUUCGAAAUUUGCUGGUGCUCACCACAUCUCUGGCAGCGUUGACAAUAGCUGUAGUGUUUGGAUCGAGGGGUGGGCUUCUUAGACUGCAUUGA